AUGCGUAAGAUUAACCUGUUGUUGAGGAAGAAUAAGCGGGAGUUGGAGAGACUGUUGAACCAGCUCCAGCCGUUGAAGAAGAAGACAGAAGGGCUUGUGAAGAAACUGGCCAAGGCUGGGGACUAUAAGCUGGCAAAGAUUUACGCUAGAGAGCUUAUCAACAUAAAUAACCAGCAUAAGAAGCUUCAUCUUCUGAAAACUCGUCUUGAGUCUAUCACCAUGUCCAUUAAUGAGCAAUGGCAGAUGAGGAAGAUGUCCCAGUCCAUUCAGCAGCUGACAGGUAUUAUGAAAGAUGUCAAUGCAUUGACCAAUAUUGGUGUUAUCACGGGCACGAUGCAAGAGUUGUCGAAAGAGUUAAUGAAGGCAGGUAUCAUCAACGAGAUGAUGGACGAUAUGGUGGACUUGGACGUGGACGAGGAGCUUGAAGACGAGAGCCAGGAGGAGGUCAACAAGAUCAUAGAAAACCUCACUGAAGACAAAUUCUCCAAGAUUGACUCUGAGGUGCCUCAAACAAGCAUGCCUGAGCAAGAAAUCUCGGCGCCUGUGGAGGAAGAGGAAGAUACAGAGGCUUUGGACGAGAUGAGACAGAGAUUGAGGGAACUACAGGAGUAA